AUGAUCAACUUCAAUUUGUCGGCUACUUUUAAUGUAGUCCGGAUACUGUUUAAGCCAAGCAUCUGUCUUCCGCACCACACAGCCUCGAAUUUCAAUGAUCUUCCUAUUCCGCUAGAUAAGGCACUGCAGCGCGAAGGGCGCGCUGCGACCGAUAUCCGCGCGGUGGUCCUUGACAAAGAUGAUUGCUUUGCUUACCCCGAUCAGAAUGAAGUAUAUCCAGAUUAUAAGGACAAGUUUGAGGCUUUGAAGAACGCAUAUCCUGGACGCCGACUUCUCAUUGUCUCGAACACGGCUGGGGCUCAGAGUUGGGACCCGAAGCUCAAAAUAGCCGUCGAGGUGGAGAAGAACACAGGUGUCUCUGUGCUGUCGCAUUCUGUCAAGAAGCCAGGGUGUGGCAGGGAGAUCAUGGAAUAUUUCAAGCAACAUCCUGAGACAGGAGUCACGCACCCGUCGCAGAUUGCCGUAGUAGGUGAUCGACUCACAACAGAUAUGAUGCUGGCCAAUAUGAUGGGUGGAUGGGGUUUUUGGAUUCGAGAUGGAGUGAUUCCUCUCAAGCAGAAGAGUUUCGUGAGUAUUUUCGUUUUCGUAAUUCACCUUCAGAUAGCGGUUUCUAAUGCCGAACAGUUUUCUCGGAUAGAACGACCUCUGUCGGCCUUUCUAAUGGCCAGAGGGGUUGUGGCCAUGGAUCCUCGCAGCCCCUUUGAGGAACACUUCACUGCUCUACGUUGUUUGACACCUACAGCGACCACCGGCGAAAUGGGCGGGAAAACCUGGAACAAGGCAGAGGAGCUCAUCUUCUGGCGUACCAUCAUUCCCCAGUCGCCCCAGGCUGCAAACAUGUCAGACAGGUUGAAAUCCUGGAAUCAAUGUGCCGCAAUCAUGCAACGGAUGAUGGGCCUACCACCACGGCGUAUUUACACGAAGACGAUGCUUUACGAACACUAUUAUCAAAACAUCAAAACAAGAAGACACUCGCCUCAAGCACGGCCAUUUGUCCGCCAGCAUAUGCGAGAACUUGCCCGCGAUGAAGUACUAGGCCCUUCAACUCCUGAAAGAAACCUUCGCCCCGAGAGCAGACAGCAAGACCAAGUUAUGGCCUCGACGGAUGAAGUGGGCGCUCAUGAUUGCACCUCUGAUAAUACCGACAAGACCACAAGCUCUUCGAGUGAAGGAUGCUCGCCCUUUGAAGCACUCCUUAUUGCUACCAAGUUGGAUCACGAGAGGGCAAAAUCAGCCGAUUCUUCUUACGUCGACUGCUCUAUGUCGUCGAUUUCUGUGAUCUCAGCCUCUGAGGUUCGCGAUUUUUAG